AACAUCUCAAGAUUAUUUGAAUCAAAAUUUAUUAUUAUAAACAUUCAUAAACAUCGUUUUUGCUUUCAUUAUUCAAUUUGUUUACUGCAAAAUAAAUGACAAGAUGUUAUUUUUAAUUGUUUUUCUAUUUGUUUUUGUCUAUUUUUUAUGGCAAUUUUCUCAACUUGAUCAUGAUCUUGAAAUUUUGUGGGCAUUGAAAUUCGGAAAAUCAAUUAGUACAUUUAAAGGAAAGGUGAUCUGGAUAACCGGUGCAUCAUCCGGUAUUGGUGAACAUUUAGCAUAUGUUCUAGCUACUACUGGUGCUAAAUUAAUUCUGUCUGGUAGAAAUGAAUCAAAAUUGAAAGAAGUGGCCGCACAAUGUGUUUCCAUCGGUAAUUAUGACGAAACCAACGUAAUGGUCUUGUCAUUUGAUAUUAUCGAUCGUCAAUGUCAUCAGAAAAUGUUUGACAAAGUUUUACACCAUUUCAAUCGAUUGGAUAUUUUAGUCAAUAAUGCUGGACGUGCACAACGUGCUUGGUUUGCAGAAAUUGAUUCCGAAAUCGAUCAUCAAUUAUUCGAAGUGAAUGUAUUUGGUUUAAUCAAUUUAACAAGAAUUGUUCUGAAAUAUUUUCUUGAACAUAAUCCUAAUGGUCAAUUUGGUGUAACUAGUAGUACUGCUGGUAUUAUUGGUUCACCAUUUGUAUCAUCAUAUGCGGCAUCUAAACAUGCUCUGCAUGGAUAUUUUGAAAGUUUACGCAAUGAAUUAGGUCGUAAAGGUAUUGGAAUAACAUUGUUUUGUGUUGGACCAACAUUUUCCAAUAUUCUUUAUAAUGCAUUUACGGGUAAACCUGGUGAAAUCGCUCGGCAAAUUCAACCACGUACAAGUAAUCGUAUGACCACCGAUCGUUGUGCCUAUUUGAUGGCCUGUGCAUUAGCAAAUAAAAUAGAUCAAGCCUGGAUCGCUAGACAUCCAAUUUUGCUGACACAUUAUGUAUCACAAUAUAUGCCCCAAUUGUUUAGAAAAAUUGCACCUAAAUAUUUUUCUGAAAGAAUGAUUAGACAAUUACGAGAUUUGAAUUGAAAAAAAAUUAAAACAUUUUAUUAUUA